AUAACAUAAUUGGGAUAGAAAAAAAUAAUAACUAAUAAAAGAAAUAAUUACAAGAGAUAAAAUAAAAAAAGAGACGAAGAGAUAAAUUUUUGAUCGUAAGCAAAAAAAAAAUAAUGAAAAUCGUUCGAGGGAGAAAUGAAACAAAACAAUCGAGAAUUUUAUUUUGACUCUCCUUCAGAUUCUUCAGGUUAUGAAAUUUACUAAUGAAAAAGGAAAAUUUUUUAAUUUAUAAUUUAGAAGAAAAAAUGUUGCAAAUCCUGAAUGAAAAUUCGAGAAAAGGGAAAAUUUUUAAACGACAGAAUGAGUAAUUAAAGGUGUAGAAUUGUGUAAUUAAAAUUUUUAGUGUACAACAGUGAAGACAGAAUGAGUGACUCGGAGCAGGAAUUGUUUUUAAUUGAAUUUCUCGUCAGCAAAGUAAACAUUCCUUUGGUUCAAGCCAUGCAUAAUCAAUUGCUUCCUGCAACAACUUGCGUGUCAUUUCAAAUUUUGAGUCUACCACCAGUGAACAUUGAACAGACGGCAAACUCAAAGGACUGCUCCUGCGAAAAUUCGGACUCUCAAGUAUUCAAUAAAGGAAAAUCCUGUCUAUUUGCCCUGCCGACAAUGGUUUUGGAAAAGCCACUCACAUCCUUUCCAAUUACAAUGACGGUUUAUAAAAAACUACCACCGGGUGUCCUGCCGGAUGUGAUGCUAAUAGGAAGUCAUCAAAUCCAAGCGAAGGAUUUUAUUAACACCGUUUUACGAAAACGAAUUUUCAAAACGUCAUCAUCAUCGCCCUCGACGACAAGCAAGGAAAUUUACAAAAUCACCACAGCCACUGGCCAAGCAGUCGGCGAGGUUCAAGUUUUCAUGAGAAUUUCCUGUUUUGGAAAGAAAAUUAUAACGCAAUUUCAAAUUCCACGUAAUCGACAACCAUUUCUAUUCAAGGGCGAACUUAACAGUCCAGUGAUACAGUGCAAGAAAAUUCCAUCUGAGAAAAAAUUGCCCACGACAAAUUGUGUUUUUAAAGAGACAAAUGCUCUCCAUAAGGAAAGAGUUUGUAGAGAGAAGAAUUUUUCAGAUGGAGAAAAUCAUUGUCCAGCACCGCCGCCAUCGUCGCCGAUUAAUUUAAAAUCAUCGCUGAAAUCGAGAAUGAAUCAUAAGGCGGAAGAAUAUUCAUCGCCUGGAAACGUGUGUUUUAUGGAGAAUUUUCCGACAAUUUCAGAAAGAAGAGGAAGACCUUUUUCGAUGUCUGGUUAUGGGGGAAAUGGAAAUCAGUCAAAUAGUCGUAAAUGCGGCUGUCGAAUAAAAACGGAAAAACAAUGCGGCUGCAGUUCGAAAUCAUAAAUCAUUUUUGAUAAUAUCAACCGGUUUUCUUUGUUGUCUUUCAAUAAAUGAACUGAUAAUCUUCAAUUGAAUAUACAAAAUAUUCUGAAAGCAUACGUAUCAUUGGCUACCAUUAUUUCUGGUCAAAUAACAGUGGCAAUUGAAUGGCAAGAAAUUUUCGUUCACGCAAUAUCUUAUCUGUCCAAUUCAAUAUUGACAUUAUUUGUCAGUAAUAUUCACA